AUCGGCUUGCCUGGCAUUUGUUUAUGCGAAAAAACACGCAAGCCUUCAAAAGUUAAAUAGCAGCCGCUAGGCUACUUUUGAAGCACUGUGAACAUCGAUGUUCAUUUAAAUCCAACAUGCUGCGCAUUCGCCGUCGUUUUGCGUUGCUCAUUUGCUGUGGCUGCCUCCUCAUCUUUCUCAGUCUCUAUGUAAUCCUUAAUUAUGCGGCGCCGGCUGCCAAUGCCAAAAAGCCACCCUAUAUUGCACUCGAGAACAAGCUUCAUCAGCUGGAAAAAAGAUUAGUACAGAAAAACAACGACAUACAAAAUGUACGCCAGCUUCCAGCCAAAGCUCCAGUUGAGACAAAUGAAAUGGAGGAUGGUCUGGCCGUGGAUUCGAUAAACAAUGGAGACAACGAUGCCGAUGGCAUGUGUGCUGACAUUGUUAAGCAGGUGCCGCAAGUGGAUGUACAGAUGCUGGACUUAUAUGACCAAAUGUCCUUCGCGGACAUCGAUGGCGGCGUCUGGAAACAGGGCUGGAACAUCAAAUACGAUCCCAUCAAAUACAAUCAACAUCACCUGCUGAAAGUAUUCGUUGUGCCGCACUCCCAUAAUGAUCCCGGCUGGAUAAAGACAUUCGAGGAAUACUAUAAUGCAGAUACGAAGCACAUCUUAUCAAAUGCAUUGCGUCACCUGACUGAGAAUCCAGACAUGAAAUUCAUUUGGGCUGAGAUUUCUUAUUUUUCGCGAUUUUUCGAAGACCUGGGCGAGCAGAAGAAGAAGCAAAUGAAAAUGAUUGUGAAGAAGGGACAGCUGGAGUUUGUCACCGGCGGUUGGGUAAUGCCCGAUGAGGCAAAUUCACAUUGGCGCAAUGUUCUGCUGCAGUUGACCGAGGGUCAGAGCUGGCUGAAGGAGCAUCUGAACGUGACCCCAACUGCCGGCUGGGCUAUCGAUCCGUUCGGACACAGUCCGAGUCUGCCGUACAUACUGCAGAGAAGUGGCCUGAAGAAUAUGCUAAUCCAACGCACCCACUACUCGGUCAAGAAGGAGCUGGCUCAGCGGCGACAGCUGGAGUUCUACUGGCGCCAGACGUGGGAGACGCGCGAUAAGAAUGCGAUUUUCACGCACAUGAUGCCCUUUUACUCCUAUGACAUUCCACACACUUGUGGCCCGGAUCCGAAGGUGUGCUGUCAGUUCGACUUCAAGCGCAUGGGCGGCUUCGGCUUAAGCUGUCCCUGGCGAGUGCCGCCACGUCCGAUUGACGAGAGCAACGUGGCCGCGCGCUCCGACAUGCUGGUGGAUCAGUGGAAGAAGAAGGCCGAGCUGUACCGCACCAAUGUCUUGCUGAUUCCUCUGGGCGACGACUUUCGCUACAAGCAGAACGUGGAGUGGGAUGUGCAGCGUGUCAAUUACGAAAAACUCUUCGAGCACAUCAACGGCAAUCCGCGCUUCAAUGUGCAGGCCCAGUUUGGAACACUAAAUGAAUACUUCGAUGAAGUGCACAAAACAAAGCAGAGCUUCCCAUCGCUCAGCGGUGACUUCUUCACCUAUGCGGAUAGGGCGGACAACUACUGGAGCGGCUAUUACACCUCGCGUCCGUACCACAAGCGCAUGGAUCGCGUGCUCAUGCACUAUGUGCGAGCGGCGGAGAUGCUGCACGCCUGGCACAACUGGGACUCGGCAGCGGGCUUUGACCGGAAACUGGAGAUGGCGCGCCGAGAGAUGUCGCUGUUCCAGCAUCACGACGGCAUCACAGGCACCGCCAAGACGCACGUGAUGCAGGACUACGAGAAGCGCAUGGUGGAGGCACUGUGGGCGUGCCAGUUCGUCAUGCAGCAGGCGGUCUACCGGCUGCUGACCAAGCCUUCCAUCUACAGCGCGGACUUUAACUUCCAUUACUUCACAUUGGACGAUUCGCGCUGGCCCGGCGUAGGGGUCGAGGAGAGCCGCACAACAAUUAUACUGGGGGAAGAGCUGCCCACCAAGCAUGUUGUCCUGCACAACACCGUUCCGCAUUGGCGGGAGCAACUAGUCGACUUCUAUGUUUCCAGUCCGUUUGUCAGCGUCAGCGACUUGGCUGGCCAUCCAGUGGAGGCGCAGAUCUCGCCCGUCUGGAGCUGGCAUCACGAUACAAUCGGCAAGACUUUCAAUCCGCAGGGAUCUACCACCAAAUAUCGCAUAAUCUUUAAGGCACGCGUCCCGCCCAUGGGUCUAACCACAUAUAUUCUGACGAUCUCAAGCUCAAAGCCCGCUCACACCUCCUACGCCACGCAUCUGCUGCUAAACAACAAUCCACUGUCUGUCAGUUUGGGCCAAUACCCGGAGGAUGCAAAGUUCGGAGAGCAUCGCGAGUUCUCCUUGCGUGUGGGCUCUGGACCCACGCUGGCCUUCUCGGAGUUCGGCAUGCUAAAGUCUAUGCAACUAGCGCCAGACAGUGCCCCGGUGCCCGUGCACCUCAAGUUCCUAAAGUACGGCACUCGACCGCACGGUGACAAGUCCGGCGCCUAUCUGUUUCUGCCCAAUGGACCUGCCACGCCCAUUGUGGGCAACACGCCUGUUGUCCUGGUGAGCGAGGGCAAGCUGGAGUCGUCCGUUAGCGUGGGCUUGCCGCACGUCAUCCACCAGACCAUCCUGCGUGGUGACGCACCCGAAAUACGCAACCUGGUGGACAUUGGCCUCGUCGACAACAUCGAGGUCGUGAUGCGCAUGCAGACGCACAUCGACAGCGGCAGCACCUUCUACACGGAUCUGAACGGACUGCAGGUGAUCAAGCGACAACGAUUCGAGAAGCUGCCGCUGCAGGCCAACUACUAUCCAGUGCCCUCGGCCAUGUUCAUCGAGGAUGCGAAUAUGCGGCUGACUCUGCUAACCGGACAGCCGUUGGGCGGCGCCUCCUUGGCGUCGGGCGAGCUGGAAAUCAUGCAGGAUCGUCGGCUGGCCAGCGACGACCAACGGGGCCUAGAUCAGGGCGUGCUGGACAACAAGCCGGUGCUACAUAUAUAUCGCCUAGUGCUCGAGAAGAUUAACAAUUGUGUGCGUCCGCCGACAGCGCAUCCCGCUGCCUACUUGACGAAGGCGGCACAUAGGGCAUCACAGGAGCUGCUGGAUCCACUCGACAAGCUAAUCUAUGCGGAGAACGAGUGGACGGGAGUGCAGGCGCAGUUUGGCAAUGAGCACGUGCCGGCCAACGAUGAGCUCGAUGUGGUUGUAAUGCGUCGACUCACAAAGAGCACAGCCAAGCGGCAGCGCGUCGGCUGCGUGCUGCAUCGCACCCAGUUGCUGCAGUGCAACGAGGAGGAGGCGCCCGUAGACAAUUUUAAUAUUUGCGCUGUGCUGCAGACUAGAGCGCAACGACAGCGACAGCGCUGCCAGCGCACUUCCCUGACCUUCCUGCAGGAUCUGGAGCAGUUCGAGUCUCAGGCGGCGCCACCACUGUGUCCUAUGGAGACUGGCGCCUACGUAAUCAGCUACAGCGACGACCCUGACGGCAGCUGAACCGAAUCAACUCGCAAUCUCAAACAAUAAUAUUAAUUGAAUCUUGACUAGUGUAAUGCAUGCAAUUCUAAUUUAUUAAGCCUCAUUUUGAAUCUGACUAACGAUACGUGUAUGUGAAUUGCA